UCUCUUGCUAUUUCUAUGUACAUUCGCAUGUCCCAUCCGCAAUAAAAUUGAUUCCGGGUUGAAAAAAGUAAAAAUUAUCAAAUUUUAUAAGGAAUUUUUACUAUUGCUGCAAUCCUGUUGCAGUUGGGAUGAAUUUGUGUGUUGGUGAAAAUUGUGAAUAAAAAAGAAAGUGUGAUUCACGUCCAUUGAGUUAUUGUGCAAGUCCUUGUACAUAAAGGAUAUAGUGUGGAAAUAAAAAAAAGAAAAAGGAAGUGUUUUGUGAUUUUUUCCUUGAAUCUGCGUUAAUACAGCGAAAACUUUAAAUAAAAUUAACAUAUUAUCACUAUAGGAUAUAUUUUACCUUCAUCAAUAAACUGUGGACUAGUGGAAUAUAGGGAAACAUGGCUGCUCCCGAUGGACUCGCUCCUGCAGCACCUGCCGGUGAACCCAACGAAGAUGGAAUUGUCGGUGGACCAAGAACUCCCCAACAGAUUGCGGCACAGAAACGACUUCAACAGACUCAGGCACAAGUAGAUGAGGUGGUGGACAUAAUGAAAACGAAUGUGGAGAAAGUUCUGGAGAGAGAUCAGAAGCUGUCUGAAUUGGAUGACCGAGCUGAUGCUCUCCAGCAAGGAGCUUCACAAUUUGAGCAACAAGCUGGCAAAUUGAAACGAAAAUUCUGGCUGCAGAAUCUAAAGAUGAUGAUAAUUAUGGGUGUGAUUGGACUUGUUAUACUCGCGAUAAUUGUAGCCAAAUUCAUGCCGGAACAACAACAGGCUCCUCCUCAAGUGAUGAUGGCUCCACCACAGAUGGCAAUGCCACAGGCUCCAGCACCAGCCGCAGCUGCACCAGCGGCUCUUGUCGAUGAUCACCUCAAUAACCACAUUCACGCUAUCAAUUAAGGAGAGCUACAAACGUGGUAAAUUUGAAUGGAUAGAUCACUAUCGUAUUAAAUUUCUUCUGUACUUAAUAAGAAUACUACAUAUUUAAAAAAAAAAGAAAGAAGAAAAAAUACACUUAAUACAUUACACAGAAAAAAAAUUUAAUGACAAAAGUAAAAAAAAAACAAUGAUUACUAAACUCAAUGAUGAAGAAAAGAAUUAAUCAAAUUAAUCCAUUUAAUUAGUGAUUGUCGACAAGACGUUAAUUUAACAUAUUUAUAAAAAAAAGAUAUCCUAUAAUUAAUGAAAAUUUAGAAAAUAACUAAAGUCUAAUUUUUCAUUAAUUAUUAAUAGUUUGAAAAAUUAUAGAGAAAAAAAUUAUGUGAAAUGUUCAAAUUAAAGUUCACAUUUUUUUAUUUAAGCACUUUUAGCAAAAAUUUGAGCUUGUUGGACAUUUCUCAAAAUGAUCUACCCUUUUUCUUUUAAACAUUCUAUUUAUCCAUUUAUUAGAUUUUAAUGCCUAGCAUAUUAAAAUAUAAGAGAAAAUAUUUAUGGUAUUUAUAAUUUUGUUAAAUAUAAAUGAUAAAUUCAUGAUAAAAAACAUUAGAAUUUUCAAAAAAAAGCAUUUUUUUUCUGUUUUCUUAUCCUCUGAACAACUGAUGAGAAUAAAAUGUAACUAAUUUAAAGAGGAAUGAUAAAAAUUGGGAAAGAAUUAAAAGAAUUCAAGUACAAUAAUUACUAAAUUAACUGCAUUAAAAAAAAAGAAUUAGUAAAUUAAAAAUUGAAAAAUAAAAACAGAGAUUGCAAAGAAUCUCAGUUUAACUAACAUAGGGACAUAACUUGUUUCCUCUUGAUCUCUUUUUAAAUAUAUCUGUUCCAAAAUGUGGAAAAAUGCAAAUAACUGAAAAAAAAUGAAUAAGAACUAUUUAAAGCCAACGACAUUCCACUGAAUAAAAACUUUGAAAAUAUGUAUAUUUCAGUUGUUAGACAAAUACAAUUUUUUUCAUAAAAUUAAAUUCAUGAGAAUUAAAGACAUGCUUGAACAAUUGUAUUUAUCAAGAUUCGUUUUUGUGUUUUAAAAAAAAUUGCAAAGAAAAACUUAUCAGAACAUUAUAGAAAAAAAUGAGAUAUUACCAAUAUUACUAUAGAAAAAAAUGUGUAUUAAAUAAAAUGAGGAAUAAACAAUAAAUGAGAAAAAAAUAAAUAAAAAAAACUAAAGGACGUGCUAUAGCGGGGAAGAUCUUACAAAUCGCGGAUUGAAAAAGGAUUUUGUGUAGAGGGAAAAGAAAAAAAUUAUAGUCAUUGAAUUUCUCCGAAAAAAAUAAUAAAUAAAUAAACGUAAAAAUACAGAAUUAUGAAAAAAAUAUAAUUAUAUAAAAGUGUAUAUGUGUGGGGCUAUAAUAGUAUUGUGUAAAAAUUGAUUUAAAAA